UCCCGGAGGGAGGGAUGUGGGAGAGGGGAAGAGCGAGGGGGGCCCCGGCGUGGACCGGGGUGGGGGCCGGGGCUGCCAGCUUGGCCCUGGCCUGUCAAGCGGCUCAUUGUUCCUGCCCCGGGUGUCACUGGGCGCCGCCGGGGACAAUGUGGCACUGAGAGGGGCGGCCGGCGGUGGAGGGACGAGGCGCACGGAAAGGCUCAUCUCUCCCUCCCGCCAUGGCAUCGCCGGAUGGAGCCAGCGGCGUGGGCGGCAGUCCCGAGGAGACAGAGCUCAGCAUCACCCUGACCCUCCGCAUGCUCAUGCAUGGCAAGGAGAUCGGCAGCAUCAUCGGCAAGAAAGGAGAGACUGUUAAGAGGAUACGAGAGCAGAGCACUGCACGCAUCACUAUCUCGGAGGGGUCCUGCCCCGAGCGCAUCACCACGAUCACCGGCUCCACCGACGCUGUCUUCCGCGCUGUCUCCAUGAUCGCCUUCAAGCUGGAGGAGGACCUGGGAGCAGGGGGCGAUGGGGUGUCAGCAGGCAGAGCGCCGGUGACCCUGCGCCUUGUCAUCCCCGCCAGCCAAUGUGGUUCCCUCAUCGGCAAGGCGGGAGCGAAGAUCCGGGAGAUCCGGGAGAGCACAGGGGCACAGGUGCAGGUGGCUGGUGACUUGCUGCCCAACUCCACUGAACGGGCUGUCACGGUCUCGGGGGUGCCAGACACCAUCAUCCAGUGCGUGAGGCAGAUCUGCGCUGUCAUCCUGGAGUCGCCUCCGAAGGGGGCCACCAUACCCUACCACCCUGGUCUCUCCCUGGGCACCAUCCUGCUCUCUGCCAAUCAGGGCUUCUCCAUGCAGGGCCAGUACAGCGGGGUCUCUCCUGCAGAGGUGACGAAGCUGCAGCAGCUGUCAGGGCAUGCGCUUCCCUUCGCCCCCCUGGGCCAUGCACCCACCAUGGUGCCAGGUCUGGAUGCCAGCUCCCAGAGCAGCUCCCAGGAGUUCCUGGUGCCCAAUGAUCUCAUCGGCUGCAUCAUCGGCCGGCACGGCAGCAAGAUCAGCGAGAUCAGGCAGAUGUCGGGUGCCCACAUCAAGAUUGGCAACCAGACUGAGGGCUCCAGUGAGCGGCACGUGACCAUCACGGGGACCCCUGUCAGCAUCACCCUGGCCCAGUACCUCAUCACAGCCUGCUUAGAGACUGCUAAAUCUACCUCCCAGGUGCCACCAGGCCCUGGCUCCAUGGACCUCGGCAUGGGCUUCUCCCAGCCCCUCGCCCCAGGCUCCGGUGCGGCUCUUCCCGCCGUGGCCCCAGCCCCCCCGGCCCUGCUGGGCACCCCCUACGCCAUCUCCCUCUCCAACUUCAUCGGCCUGAAGCCGGUGUCCUUCCUGGCACUGUCCCCAUCCUCCGUGGCAGGUCCCAAUGGUGGCACCACCACCUACACGACCAAGAUCUCGGCGGCCAACGGCACCAAGAAAGCUGACCGGCAGAAGUUCUCGCCCUACUGAACCCCACUGGUGGCUGGGCCAGGGGGUCCAGGGUGCUACACAGUAGCAGGGACACCUUCCUGCCACCCACCCUGACCUCAGCCUCUGCCAGUGCCCCAUGUCCCCCACCCCAGGGAAGGGAAGGGCCUUCCUGGUGGUGAUGCCUGCUGGAGGAAGGGGCUGUUUUGUUGCCUGCUGUCCAUCCCAGCAGCUCUGUGCCCCCCUCCUUGAUUUUCUGCACAGAGACCAUGUGUCCUAGUAUUGGGUGGGGGGGCUGUCCCUGCUGGCCUAGGGUCCCUUCUCCCAGUGCUGGUGUGGGACCCCUACUUCCUGCUCCUCACCCUGCCUCCCCUGCCAUCCUGCUCAUGCCCACACUCCAUCUGGCACCCAAAAGCCAGGUUCCACUGGAUGAGGACUGCCUGGCCUCUCCAGGAGUUCUGCUUCCACUGGCUCUGGUGGGGGCCCUCCCUGGGCCACCCUGGGGCAAUCGCCUCCCAGCAACCCCAUCCAAGAGCCAGUCCCUGCUGGCUUGGAAAUGCUGUAUAUAUAUGAGUCUAUAUUUUU